CCCGACCCGUCCGGCCGGUCCUGCCGGGGCUGCCGGAGCCUCCCUGCCCCGAGCGCGGCCUUCGGCCUCUCCUGCUCAGCCUUCUCCGGGCUCUUCCAGCUUACUCCAGCCGUCCUCAUCCUCCUGAGCCUCUUCAGCCUCCUCCAGUCGUCCUCAUCCUGCUCAGCUGAGGACCUUCUCCAAACCUCUUCCAGACUUCCUCCGAUCUCCUCAUCCUCCUUUUAACCUUCUCCAUCCUCCCUGCAGCCUCUUCAGCCUCUUCCAACCCUCUUCCAACACCCCCUGACCUUCUUCACCCGCUUUCCAACCUCUUUCCAAACUCCCUCCUAUCUCCUUUCCCAACUCCCAACCUCCUCCCAGUCUUCCUCAAUCCCAGCCGACCUCCUCUCCCACCUCCCGAACUUCCCAAGCUCUCCAGCCUCUUUCCCCCUUUGCUCUGCUCCCGAUGUCGGUGUCCAUUCCCCGGCAGCCGCUCCGGAGCAGCUCGGCCGUGCCGGGCCGUUCCUUCUCGUCCCGCUCCUUCACGGCCGGCCCGGCGCUGAGGAUGAGCACGGCCCCGGCCUUCGGUCCCUACGGGGGGCUCCGUGGCGGCUCCGGGGGGCUCGGGGGCUCCUCGUGGGUCCCGGGGGCGGGCGGGGGCAUCACGGCCGUCACCAUCAACCGGAGCCUCCUGGCGCCGCUGGACGUGGCCGUGGAUCCCGAGCUGCAGGAGCUGCGCCGGGAGGAGAAGGAGCAGAUCAAGACCCUGAACGAUAAAUUCGCCGCCUUCAUCGACAAGGUGCGGUUCCUGGAGCAGCAGAACAAGCUCCUGGAGACCAAGUGGGGGCUCCUGCGGGCUCAGCCCCCGCCCCGCAGCAGCCUGGGGGGGCUCCUAGAGGGCUACGCAGGGACCCUGCGGCGGCAGCUCGAGGGACUCGGGCAGGAGCGGCAGCGGCUGCGCGCAGAGCUCGGCCACGUCAGGGGGCUCGUCGAGGAGUUCAAGGCCAAGUAUGAGGAGGAGAUCAACCACCGCACAGAGAAGGAGAACGAGUUUGUCCUGCUCAAAAAGGAUGUGGAUGAAGCCUACAUGUCCAAGGUGGAGCUGGAAUCACGCCUGGAGAGCCUCACGGACGAGAUAAACUUCCUGCGGCAGCUCUAUGAGGAGGAGCUGCAGGAGCUGCGGGCGCAGGUGUCGGACACGGCCGUGGUGGUGUCCAUGGACAACAGCCGCCAGCUGGACAUGGCCGGGGUGCUGGCGGACGUGCGCGCGCAGUACGAGGACAUCGCUGGCCGUAGCCGUGCUGAGGCUGAAGGCCUCUACCAGGUCAAGUAUGAAGAGCUGAAGACGGCAGCUGGGAAGCAGGGAGACGACCUGCGCCAGACCCGCAGCCAGAUCCAGGAGCUGAACCGGCGGAUCCAGCGCAUCCAGGCAGAGAUUGAGGCUCUGAAAAAUCAGCGCUCUGGGCUGGAGGCAGCAGUGGCAGAGGCCGAGGAGCGCGGGGAGCUGGCACUGAGAGACGCCCGGGCCAAGCUGGGGGGGCUGGAGGGGGCCCUGGCCCAGGCCAAGCAGGACCUGGCCCGGCAGCUCCGCGAGUACCAGGAGCUCAUGAACGUCAAGCUGGCCCUGGACAUCGAGAUCGCGACCUACAGGAAGCUGCUGGAGGGCGAGGAGAGCAGGCUGGAGGCUGCUGUGCAGAACCUGAGCAUCCACACCAAGACCUCAGGGUACCUGGGUGGAUUCGGGGGAGGUUUUGGGGGGGGUUUUGGGGGAGCGUUUGGGGGGGCCAUGGUCAGCUCAGGGUACUCGGUGCCCCCCCCACCCCCUGAGGCCACGGCCCCCCCCAAAUCCCGCGCCAUCGUCAUCAAGAAGAUCGAGACCCGCGAUGGGAAGCUCGUGUCCGAGUCCUCCGACGUCCUGGAAAGCUGAACCCCCUUUCCUGGGGGGGGGACCCCAUUCCUUGGCUUGGCCAGCUGAGCCGAGUCCCCCUCUUUCUUGAGCAGACCCUUAAUCCUGACCUGCUGAGGCCCCCCUGGGCCCCACUUUCUGGGGUAUCCCCCAUGUCCACAAACCAACUCCCCCCUUUCCCAGGGGGACCCUCCAUGUUCCCUGCCCUCCCAGGGUGUCCCCCUAAGUCCCUCCUUUCCUGAGAGGGGGUCCCCAUGUCCAGCCCAGCUGAGCCCCCCUUUCCAUCCUGAGAUGUCCCUCCAUGUCCUGGAAAGAUGGGCACGUCCAUGAUCUGACCUGCUGAGCCCCCCUGCCCCCCUUUCCUUCCCAGGACAUCCCCCAAAGUCCAGGCCAGCUGAGCCCCCCCCCGCCCAUUUUCCUGGGGGUCUCUCUGUGUCCUGGAGGGUCCCUCACAUCCAGCCCAGCUGAGGCCCCUGGGCCUCCCCUUCUCAGGGUGUUGCCCCAUGUCCUCCUAAACUGAACCCCAUUUUUGGGAUGGGGGGGUCAGGACCCCCAUGUCCUGACCUUCUGAACCCCCCAAGUCCCCUCUUUCCUGCCCGUGGGGGUCCCCCCAGUUCCAGGCCACCUGAGCCCCUUCCCUGGGGGCUCCUGUCCAUGUCCUGGGGUGCUCUUGGGAAGGGACCCCUUGUCCAGGCCAGCUGAGCCCAUUCCCUUCCUGGGAGGGGUCCCCCCAUUCCUGUGGGGGUCCCCACGUUCUGACCUGCUGAGCCCCCCCUCCCUGGUGUGUCCCCCCUCCUUCCUGGACCCCUUCCCUGAGGGUCCCCAGCUCCACACAGGACACCAGGCACCCUCCACUGACAACCUGAGCCAGUGCCCCCCCAGUCUCCCCCGGAGGGCUCCAACCCCCCAUUGUCCCCUUCAGGCUGGGGUGGGGA